UAGAUUCAUCUUGUAUAAUUGACAGUGAUUGCAAUGAAGUAAAACAUGCAAUUUGUUCAAUGGAUAAAUGCGUUUGUAAAAAAAAUUACAUUAGACUAAAUGAAAAAACAUGUUUACCAUUUUUAGGAGAAUAUUGUUCGACAAAUGGAUCAUGUGCCACUGAAAAUUCAAACUGCAUUGAUAAUCGAUGUCAAUGCAAAUCUCAGUUUAUACCUUUAUCAAGCAACAAAUGUAUAACCGCCAUCAGAGAAAAAUUUUGUCACACAAACAAUGACUGCAGUGAGAUAAAAAAUGCUGAAUGUACAGAGGAAAAAAAAUGUUCUUGUAAAUUAAAUCAUGCUAUAAUGAACGAAAUGGCGUGUGAACCACUUUUAGGUGAAUUGUGUACAACAAAUCGAGAUUGUAUUACAGCAAAUUCCGUUUGUAAUAUUAAUAAAUGUCAAUGUAAUCGUUAUUAUGUGGCAAAAUCUAAAAACCAAUGUGAACCAUUUACAUUAGGAAAGCCCUGUGAAAAUAAUAUGGAGUGUUUCCAAAUACCUAACGCUGUAUGCUCGUUAAAAAAAAUUUGUGAUUGUGAUAAAAAUCAUUAUGCAAUGGACGACCAAACAUGUUUACCAAUCCUCGGUGGAUUUUGCUCACAGGACGAUCAUUGCCGCUAUAAUACAAUGAAUUGUGUGAAUAACAUGUGUCAAUGCAAAAGUAAUUUUAUAGCUAUAUCUGGUACUCAAUGUAAAGAAAAAAAUUUAGUACCAUCAUGUAAUGAGGACUUCGAUUGUGGUGACCCAUGGCAUGGACAAUGCUCGGAAGAUGAAAAAUGUGUCUGUAGAGAAAACAAUAUUGCUUCGAAUGAUUGGACUUGCUCACCGCUUAUAGGCGGGUUGUGUUGGACAAACCGUCAAUGUCAGGUUGAAAAUUCUACCUGCAUUGAUUUUCAUUGUGAAUGCAAGUCUAAUUUUGUCUCCGUAUCCAAUCAUUUAUGCGUGGAGGAGUGAUUUUUAUUUCAACGCUAAUUGGAUAACUCAAAUAAUUACAAUACAUUCUAAGAAAUUUGUGUGUAAUUUUUAUGAUUAUAAAACAUUCAAAUCUAUUGGAAAUAAGAUGUGUGAAAGCUAAGCUGCCU